AUGCUAAUGAAGCCAACAUUAUUGUCGUUAUUUGCUCUGACUGGAGCCUAUGCGCAGUCAUAUACAAGUUGUAAUCCGUUGGAGAAAACGUGUCCUGCUGACACGGCGUUGGGCUCCACGGUUCUCAUAGACUUCACAGAGGAGUCGUCCUACUUUGAUGCGUAUUCUCAUGCAGAUAGAAUAUCGUACACUGAUCAAGGUGUCAAGAUGACCUUGCAACAGAGAUACGAUAAUCCAGGAUUGAAGUCAAACUUCUACAUCAUGUUUGGAAGAGUCGAGGCAAACUUGAAAGCUGCUCCUGGUAGAGGAGUGGUGUCAUCUUUCUACUUGCAGAGUGAUGAUUUGGACGAGAUUGAUCUGGAGUGGAUUGGGAGUGAUACCACUGAGGUUCAAACAAAUUACUUUUCAAAAGGUAACACCACAACCUAUACCAGAGGUGAGUUCCAUGCAGUGAGUUCUCCACAGGAUGAGUUCCACAAUUACACAAUUGACUGGACAGAGAGCCAGUUGAAUUUCUACGUCGAUGGGACUCUAAUCAGAACGAUCAACAGCGAUGAUCCACAGGGAUAUCCACAGACUCCAAUGUACAUUGUAACUGGUAUUUGGGCUGGUGGUGAUCCAUCUAAUGCUGCUGGCACGAUCGAAUGGGCCGGUGGUGAAAUUGAUUACAGCGCAGGUCCAUACUCAAUGUAUGUUAAGAGCGUGAUCGUGUCUGACUACUCGACAGGCUCUGAGUACGUCUACAGUGAUGAGUCAGGUUCGUGGACCUCAAUCCAAGCCGUUGACGGUGAAGUUAAUGGCAGAUACGAAGAAGGCGUUGAGCAAUUUUCAAUUCUGUCUGAAGGUGGAUCACUCUCUGAGGGAUCAUCGUCCACUAAGGCCUCAUCAUCAUCGUCCACUAAGGCCUCAUCAUCAUCGUCUUCAUCAUCGUCAUCAUCUUCUUCGCAAAAAUCGUCUUCUUCCUCGUCUUCUUCCUCCUCUUCAAAGAGCUCUCAGACAGAUGCUGGGGUAUCGAGCUCAUUUUCAAGACACAGUUCUCACAUUUCAUCGUCAACCAGCUCAUCAACGCUUUCAAGUAGAUCUUUAAAAGAAUCAGAACAAGAAAGUGACUCCACAGUUACAAAGACGAGCUCAGCGGAAGAACAAUCAAGCACCCCAAAGGUGUCAACGUUGACAUCCUCUGAUUCAUCGAGCACCGGAACUUCAUCAACACUGACAGUUCAACAGAGUAACGGUGCUGCAGCAGGUGCUUCACCAAUAGGCAAAGCAGCCAAUUUCAGUUUAAAUACAUUGGCUACCAUAAUGUGCUUAUCAAUUGGUCUAUUAUUGAUCGUGUGA